AUGGCGACCAAAGUUCAAAAGAUUAUGGUGCAGCCUAUUAACUUGAUUUUCAAGUAUCUUCAAAAUAAAACCCGUGUACAAAUCUGGUUGUAUGAACAAGUAGAUUUACGAAUCGAAGGACAAAUUAUUGGAUUUGACGAAUUUAUGAACUUGGUACUUGACAGUGCAGAAGAAGUUAAUGCGAAAAAGAAGACGCGGAAAGGAUUAGGUUUAUAUUUUGAUUGA